AUGGGGAAAGUUCUUCAAGAAGAAGAAGAACAAGACCUUGGUGCUGGACCUCCUGUUUAUAAACAUGUUCAAGAUUCUACUGCAGCUCCUCCGGAGGAGAAGUUACAGAACCAACCUGCCGAACAAGAGGGGGCUGAAGAGGUUGAGACUGUAACAUUGACGAAGAAGAAGAAGAAGAAAAAGAACAAGGAAGAAGAAGCCAAAAAUGAGGUGAAUAGUAAAGUGAUUGGUAAGAAAGUCUCGAAGCAUGUCAGGGAGAUACAGGAGAGACUUGCUAAACUAAAGGAGGCAGAAGAGAGGAAAAAACGCGAAGAAGAAGACAAGUUGAGGAAAGAAGAAGAGGAAAGGCUUAAACAAGAAGAACUGGAAAGAUUAGCUGAAGAGAAAAAACGCUUGAAGAAGGAGAAGCUCCUCAAGAAAAAACAGCAGGGAAAGGUCCUUACGGGGAAGCAUAAAGAAGAGGCUAAGAGAUUGGAGGCAAUGAGAAAGCAAAUACUAGCUAAUGCAAAAUUCGAUCUACCCACACCUGCCAAGAGACCUCUGUACCGCAAGAAAAAACCCAAGCCUCAAAACCAACCUAAUGGAGCAGCCAUACAAGAAAAUGAUGAGGCCACAAAUGCAAAAGAGACCCAACAAGGCGUUGUGUCGGAGCUGGCUUCUGUUGAAGCAGAGAAUGCUAAGGAAGUGGAGUCUCUGAAUAUACAAGUUGAAAUUGAAGACAAUGGAGCUGAUGGUGAAAAAGAAGAAGAGUGGGAUGCCAAAAGUUGGGAUGAAGCUGACUUGAAAUUGCCAGGAAAAAGUGGAUUUGAUGAUGAACAAGUUGAUUCAGAACCUGAAUCAGUUUGCUUGGAUGAGAAAGCAACUUCACCAAAAUUGGAGAAUGUGGAUGUUCAAAAGAAGUCUGUGGCAGAAGCUGCUGAUGUUGAAAAUGGACAAUGCCUUCGGUCUCCUAUAUGUUGUAUCAUGGGCCAUGUCAAUGCUGGAAAAACAAAGUUGCUGGAUUGUAUUAGAGGUACACACAUCCAAGAAAGUGAGGCAGGUGGGAUUACACAGAAAAUUGGAGCAACCUAUUUCCUUGCUGAGAGUAUACGUGAGAGAACAAAGGAGCUGAAAGCCGAUGCAAAGCUCAGUGUCCCAGGUUUGUUAGUGAUCGAUACCCCUGGGCACGAAUGCUUCAACAAAUUGCGCUCUAGAGGAUCAGCGUUAUGUGAUCUUGCCGUUUUGGUUGUUGAUAUGAUGCAUGGGUUGCAACCACAGACAAUUGAGUCACUCAAUCUUUUGAAAAGGGGAAAUACAGACUUUGUAAUUGCCUUGAACCAAGUGGACAGACUUUAUGGGUGGAAGACUUGCCCUAAUGCACCAAUAGGAAAGGCAAUCAAGAAACAAUCAGAAGAUGUCAAGAGUGAAUUUAACAUGAGGCUAGAUCAGAUUAUCUAUGAGUUUAAGGAGCAGGGUGUUAAUGCUGAGUUGUAUUAUAAGAACAAAGAAAUGGGGGAAACGUAUAACAUCGUACCAACAAGUGCCACAAGUGGCGAGGGCAUCCCAGAUCUAUUGUUACUGCUGGUCAAAUGGGCUCAAAAGACAAUGGUUAAAAGGCUUACAUAUAGAGAGAAAGUGCAGUGUACUGUUUUGGAUGUUAAGGUGGUUGAAGGACAUGGGACCACCAUUGAUGUGGUACUAGUAAAUGGUGUGCUUCAUGAAGGAGAUAAAAUAGUUGUUGGUAGCAUGCAGGGAGCAAUUGAAACCUCAAUUAGAGCGUUGCUAACGCCCCACCCAGUCAAGGGAAAGUAUUUGCAGCACAAAGAAAUCAAGGCUGCUCAGUGUAUUAAGAUUGCUGCACGUAACUGUGAUGUGAUUGAUUUGUUUCUUCUGUUGCAUUGGCUAAUACUUGUCCCCCUUUCUUUAGAAGCAUUGCUGGACUUUUUGGAGACUCCGGCAGUUAACAUACCCGUCGGUGCUAUAAGUAUUGGUCCAGUACACAUGAAGGAUGUGAAGAAGGUGAUUGCCAUGCGUGAUAAGAAAAAGGAAUAUGGGACUAUACUAGCUUUUGAUGUUAAAGUAACAACAGAGGCUCGGGAACAUGCUGAGGAACAUGGCGUAAAAAUUUUCAGUGCCAACAUUAUAUAUCACCUUUUCGAUCAAUUCAAGGCUUACAUAGACAAACUUAAGGAGGAAAAGAUGAGGGAAGCUGCGAAGGAAGCAGUUUUCCCUUGUGUCCUCAAGAUCGCGCGGGACUGUGUUAUCAGCAAGACCUAUCCAUUUUCCUUAGGGGUUCAUGUCGUUGACGGCACUAUAAAGAUUGGAACACCUAUAUGUUUCCCCAAAAGAGAAUUUGUGGAAAUUGGUCGGGUAGCGUCUAUUGAAUAUAAUCACAAGCCUCUUGAUUGUGCUAAGAAAGGUCAAGAGGUGUCCAUUAAGAUAAUUGGUAGCAUCCCUGAAAAGCAAGAGAGAAUGUUUGGGAGACAUUUUAAGACGGAGGACGAGCUUGUAAGCAAGAUCUCUAGAAAAUCAGCUGAGGCACUCCGAGAAUACUACUUGGACCAAUUGUCAGCUGAAGAAAAAACACUACUCACGAGCUUAGAGAAACUCUUCGAGAAGAAACUCCCAUUAAGUCUAUAA